AUGCCUGAGUCCCGUGUAGAGACCAGUGAUAUCUCGGUGGCGAGCCAGGAAGCCAUCGGUGAAAAGACCGCUGCUACUGUGCUCUCUACCAAAGAUGAGCUUGGACUUGCGAAAGAGAAUGUGGACAGCAAUCCAGAUGCGGUGAUCAUUACCGGUGCUGACGCAGCGAUUCAUCUGUUGUCUCUUCGAGACGACUUUGAUAAUGUCUUGACUUUCCGCAGCAUAUUACUUGCUUCUGGCCUGGCGUGUUUCCAGGCUGUGAUGAACCAGAUUUACCAGUUCAAACCGACCCUGGUGACGAUUCAGGGAACCUUCAUUGUGCUCAUCUCCUACUUCGUCGGCAAUGCCUGGGCUAAAUUCCUUCCCCGUGGCGACAAAUUCGAAGCUCGCUGGAGGGCAAAAGGUGGCCAGGGAAAGCUACCUUUGUGGAUCACGGUGAUGAAAUUCCUCAAUAGCGGGCCAUGGACUCUCAAAGAGCACGCGAUCUGUUCGAUCACUGCUACAUCGGCCUCGAACGCGGCGCCUACCUCACAGGUCUUUGCAGCGCAGGAUCUAUUCUACAAUCUUCCCCUGAGCGCGGCUACGGUGAUCUUGAGUAUGAUCUCUAUCGGUCUUUUUGGCUACGGAAUCUGUGGAAUUCUGCGCCCAAUCGCUGUCUGGCACACCGAGGCUGUCUACUGGAGUAAUUUGCCUACAGUUAAGACGCUCCAAGGACUUCACUGGCAGGAAGUCAAGAACUCGAAACCACUCAGAUACUUUUGGUAUGCAUUCACUGGCAUGUCGCUAUACGAGACCAUUCCCGCCUACAUCUUUCCAUGGCUAAACUCUGUUUCUAUUCCGUGUCUGGCUGCACAAAAAGCUACUGGCGAAAAAGCUGCUAUCCUCAACAAUAUCUUUGGUGGAGCCACCAACAAUCAGGGUCUUGGCAUAUAUUACGGCAAUGGCUGGAACUCACGAGACCUUCCCUUCAUGUCGACGAGAAUGCUCAUGAAUAACGGCACCGCAUACCCCUUGGACAACGUUUUCCCCGGUGGUGUCCUUGACAAGACCGCCUUGGUUAAAUAUGGCUUACCAAGGCUCACUGGCACGUUCGCAUUCGCGAUGUUUAUGGCCAACGCAGCAAUGGGAGCCCUGAUCGCUCAUUGUAUCCUCUUUUGGGGCAAAGAUAUCCGGCGGGCCUACAAAAGCGCGAGAGAGGGUAGAUACGAUGACCUACACCAUUCGCAUAUGGCCAAGCAUUAUAAAGAGGCUCCGUGGUGGUGGUAUAUCUUCGUGCUUGUUGUCAGCUUUAUUCUUGGCAUCAUUGUGACUGUGAAAGAGAACAUCACCUUAACACCUUGGGCAUACGUAAUCUCACUGCUGCUAGGAUGCAUCCUCGCUCCAUUUAGUGUCAUCCUGUAUUCUCGCUACGGUAAUGGUAUUGCUACCAACAAUUUGUCAAAAAUGCUGGCUGGACUUAUCCUUCCUGGACGCCCGGUCGGUAACAUGUACUUCGCUGCUUGGUCGCAUAACGUCAUUUCAAAUGCGGUUAAUCUCUCCAGUGAUCUGAAGAUGGGCGAAUAUCUCAAGAUCCCUCCCCGCAUCAUGUUCCUAACACAAAUCUAUGGAACCGUUCUUGGUGGCUUCAUCAACUAUGCCAUCAUGAUCUCUAUUGUGACAAGUAACCGAGAGCUUCUCAUCAGUGGCAAUGGAAACUCCUCUUGGAGUGGUGCAGGUAUACAAUCUUACAACACCAAUGCCGCAUCAUGGGCUCUGGCUCCGUACAUCUAUAAGGUCGGUACCCCAUAUGGGGCUGUACCUGUUGGUUUGGCCGCUGGCGCUGCUGCUGUGGUUAUUCACCGAAUCUUUUAUCAAUUUGUGCCCAAGAUUGGAAAGCUCGAUGUCUCGGAAAUUAAUUUACCGCAGUACAUCCAGUAUGCUGGUUUCAUUCCCUACAACCAAAGCCAGACCUGCGUCCUCUUCACCUGGAUGGCUGCCGGGUUCUACGUUCAGUAUUAUCUCCGGAACUACCGGCCGCGGGUUUUCAGGGAUUAUUCGUAUCUGAUUACGGGAGCCUUUGAUGGCGCCAGUCUGACGGUUCUCUUCAUCCUCUCAUUUGCUGUUUUCGGAGCUGGUGGAAAAUCGCACCCAUUCCCGUCAUGGUGGGGAAACAACGAGAAUGGAAACUAUGAUUGGUGUCCUGUAGCAGAAUGA